CUGACUUCCGGUCCACGAUUACCUAAGAAAAACAUCUCAAUUUUUUUAAUUUUAGAGCGUUAGAUACCAUUUAGAACUUGAUUUUGAAGCUUCCGAAAAUUGUUAAUAUGCCAGGGAAGGUUCCAGAUAGAUGGCUGCCAUACUCCAGAGUUGGUAAGAGGAUCCCUGGAACAAGAAUACUGGCCUGCAAAGUUCCCCUAGAAAAGAAUAUUUGUAACAAGGUUGAAGAGGAAGAAAGGUUUGGUCCCAAGGAUCUUGUUCAGUGUAUUGAAGAACGUGGUGAAAGAUUGGGACUCGUCAUAGACCUGACAAACACUAGCAGAUACUAUAAACCUCAGGAGUUCACAAUCAGAGAUGAGCAGGCAGAGAAUCAUACUAUUGAACACUCAAAGAUUAACACUGCAGGUCAUGAAAUACCCAAAAAUUCAGUUAUACGAAAAUUCUUCAAAGUCGUGGAUGAUUUUUUAGAAAAAUAUAAAGAAAAUGACAGUUUAAUAGCAGUGCAUUGUACACAUGGAGUAAACAGAACAGGCUAUUUAAUAUGCAGGUACAUGAUUAAUAAGAUGAAGUUCGAACCUGCCCAGGCUAUAGAGGCAUUUAACAAGGCCAGGGGCCAUGACUUAGAAAGAGAGAACUACUUAGAGGACUUGAAAAUGGGGAUCAAGGAUAUAAGUGGUGGGGAGGACACAGAAGAGCAAACAUCUGAUCAAAACAGACCCUGGGAGAGAAACAGUAGGGAUUAUAGAAACCACAGGGAUAAUUUUAGAAAUGACAGGGAUAAUUUUAGAAACCACAGGGAUAAUUUUAGAAACCCUAGAGACAAUUUUAGAAAUGACAGGGAUGAUUAUAGAAAUCAUAGGCACAAUUUUAGAAAUCGCAGUGAUGAUUUUAGAAACCCAAGAGACAAUUUUAGAGACGAGGAUAAUUUAAGACCCAGAGAACCAAUUAGAGACCAGUGUAAUGAUAGAAGUAAUGAUGAUAGAAAUUGGCGGACUAAGAGGCAUAAUGGUUAUGGGUAUGACGGGUAUUAUGAUGGGGGAAAUAGUAGGUAUGGCGGUGGUUACACCAUGAAUCAGCAUUAUGAACAUCAAGGCUGGAAUUUCCAAUAUGGUGCCAAUCAAUGGAAUAAUGGUGCAUAUGACUGGACGGCUGACACUAGUUACCAUAGUAAUGGUUACAAUGGAGCUGGUAUUAAUGAUUGCUAUGGUGACGAAGAAUCAAUAUCUCAUGGAUCGGAUCAAACAGGUUACACACAGUGA